UGUUUUAAGUGCUGACCAACCUCCAUCGCCAUUGCAGGACCAGGGAGUCGGUGUAGUGGCAGUCGGUAAUUAGCCGGGGAAACACCUCAACCGAAAGCUGACGGGACGAAUGAAAAGUACCAACAUACCGACAACACGCUCUGCGGAACCUUUAAAAUCAUUUGACAAGUGGGCUUUAGAGUAGAGGCUCCCUGGCUGAGCGGCUAGGACCUGUGAGAAGCAGCUUUAGUUUGUUAGCAUUAGAAGAAACUCGGAGGAGGGUGACAGGGGAACCGCCAUGGCUCAGAUCCUACCUAUUCGUUUUCAGGAGCACCUGCAGCUCCAAAAUCUGGGGAUCAAUCCGGCCAACAUAGGCUUCAGCACCUUGACCAUGGAGUCUGACAAAUUCAUCUGUGUCCGUGAAAAAGUGGGGGAGCAGGCUCAAGUUGUGAUCAUCGACAUGGCCGACCCCAACACUCCCAUCCGGAGACCCAUCUCAGCCGACAGCGCCAUCAUGAAUCCCGCCAGCAAGGUCAUUGCACUUAAAGGUAUGGCUCUGUCCCGGCUCUACAGAGGCCUUUGUUUACACAUUUCUUCACUUUUCAGAGACAUGUUGUACCAACUUUUAAGGCUAAAUGUUUAAUAUGUCUGUUUUUAU